CCCGGCGAGGGUUCGGUGGGGUCGCACCUGUUGCCGACUCCCCCAUCCUCCAGCCCCUGGAGCCCGACCCAACCCCCGCAGAGUGUGGAGAGGAGCCCGGGCGAGUUCCGGGUCCGCUCUCUGGGGAGCACGUGGCCUGCUCGCUUCUCCCGGGCGGGUCUGGGGUCGGGGUUCCGGGGUCUCGGGGCCAGCGCAGCGGCUGAGGUCGGCGGGGUGCGGCCUCCCGGCCGCUGGCGACACUGAAGGGCCACCCUACAUCCCCCGCGAGUGCCAGGGCAGGGGUCUGAGCCCCGCCCUCCUGACCCUCGCUCGCGACCCCGGCUUCCCGGCUGUGCGGAUCGUGGCGGGGAGCCUCCCCCGCACCCCGCAGGGCUCGGGCGGCAUGGCCUCAGAGGCUCGGGGUGGGCUGGGGGCCCCUCCGCUGCAGUCUGCCAGGUCCCUGCCAGGCCCUGCCCCCUGCCUCAAGCACUUCCCGCUCGACCUGCGCACGUCUAUGGAUGGCAAAUGCAAGGAGAUCGCGGAGGAGCUGUUCAGCCGCUCCCUGGCUGAGAGUGAGCUCCGCAGCGCGCCCUACGAGUUCCCGGAAGAGAGCCCCAUCGAGCAGCUGGAGGAGCGGAGGCAGCGCCUGGAGCGGCAGAUCAGCCAGGAUGUCAAGCUGGAGCCGGACAUCCUGCUUCGGGCCAAGCAAGAUUUCUUGAAGACGGACAGUGACUCCGACCUCCAGCUCUACAAGGAGCAGGGCGAGGGGCAGGGUGACCGGGGCCUGCGGGAGCGAGAUGUGGUGCUGGAGCGGGAAUUCCAGCGGGUCACCAUCUCCGGGGAGGAGAAGUGUGGGGUGCCCUUCACAGACCUGCUGGACGCGGCCAAGAGCGUGGUGCGGGCGCUCUUCAUCCGGGAGAAGUACAUGGCCCUGUCGCUGCAGAGCUUCUGCCCCACCACCCGGCGGUACCUGCAGCAGCUGGCCGAGAAGCCUCUGGAGACCCGGACUUACGAACAGGGCCCCGACACCCCUGUGUCUGCUGACGCCCCGGUGCACCCUCCCGCGCUGGAGCAGCACCCGUAUGAACGCUGUGAGCCGAGCACCAUGCCUGGCGACCUGGGCUUGGGCCUGCGCAUGGUGCGGGGUGUGGUGCACGUCUACACCCGCAGGGAGCCUGAUGAGCACUGCUCGGAGGUGGAGCUGCCCUACCCCGACCUGCAGGAAUUUGUGGCUGACGUCAACGUGCUGAUGGCCCUGAUUAUCAAUGGCCCCAUAAAGUCGUUCUGCUACCGCCGGCUGCAGUACCUGAGCUCCAAGUUCCAGAUGCACGUGCUGCUCAACGAGAUGAAGGAGCUGGCCGCCCAGAAGAAGGUGCCACACCGGGACUUCUACAACAUCCGCAAGGUGGACACACACAUCCACGCCUCGUCCUGCAUGAACCAGAAGCAUCUGCUGCGCUUCAUCAAGCGGGCGAUGAAGCGGCACCUGGAGGAGAUCGUGCACGUGGAGCAGGGCCGUGAGCAGACGCUGCGGGAGGUCUUCGAGAGCAUGAACCUCACCGCCUACGACCUGAGCGUGGACACCCUUGACGUGCACGCCGACCGGAACACCUUUCAUCGCUUUGACAAGUUCAAUGCCAAAUACAACCCGAUCGGGGAGUCUGUCCUCCGAGAGAUCUUCAUCAAGACCGACAACAGGGUUUCCGGGAAAUACUUUGCUCACAUCAUCAAGGAGGUCAUGUCCGACCUGGAGGAGAGCAAGUACCAGAACGCGGAGCUGCGGCUCUCCAUCUACGGGCGCUCCAGGGACGAGUGGGACAAGCUGGCGCGCUGGGCCGUGGUGCACCGAGUCCACUCGCCCAAUGUGCGCUGGCUCGUGCAGGUGCCCCGCCUCUUUGAUGUGUACCGCACCAAGGGCCAGCUGGCCAACUUCCAGGAGAUGCUGGCGAACAUCUUCCUGCCGCUGUUCGAGGCCACCGUGCACCCGGCCAGCCACCCCGAGCUGCACCUCUUCUUGGAGCACGUCGACGGCUUUGACAGCGUGGACGAUGAGUCCAAGCCCGAGAACCACGUCUUCAACCUGGAGAGCCCCCUCCCUGAGGCCUGGAUGGAGGACGACAACCCGCCCUAUGCCUACUACCUGUACUACACCUUUGCCAACAUGGCCAUGCUGAACCACCUGCGCAGGCAGAGGGGCUUCCACACCUUUGUCCUGCGGCCGCACUGCGGGGAGGCGGGGCCCAUCCACCACCUGGUGUCGGCCUUCAUGCUGGCUGAGAACAUCUCGCACGGACUGCUCCUGCGCAAGGCCCCAGUCCUGCAGUACCUGUACUACCUGGCGCAGAUCGGUAUCGCCAUGUCCCCACUCAGCAACAACAGCCUCUUCCUCAGCUACCACCGGAACCCAUUACCCGAGUACCUGUCCCGUGGCCUCAUGGUGUCGCUGUCCACGGACGACCCCCUGCAGUUCCACUUUACUAAGGAGCCGCUGAUGGAAGAGUACAGCAUCGCCACGCAGGUGUGGAAGCUCAGCUCCUGCGACAUGUGCGAGCUGGCGCGCAACAGUGUGCUCAUGAGUGGCUUCUCCCACAAGGUGAAGAGCCACUGGCUGGGCCCCAACUACACCAAGGAGGGCCCCGAGGGCAACGACAUCCGCCGCACCAACGUGCCCGACAUCCGCGUGGGCUACCGCUACGAGACGCUGUGCCAGGAGCUGGCGCUCAUCACGCAAGCUGUGCAGAGUGAGAUGCUGGAAACCAUCCCGGAGGAGCCGGGCUUCCCCACGAGCCCUGGGCCUCAGUAGCCCGGCCGCGCCCCGCCCCCCUCCGGCCCCCCGUCGCGUUCCGUCCUCGGGCGCCCCGCCCGUGUGUCUCUGCAUGUGUCCGCUGGUCUGUGUUGUGUCCUGCAUGUGUCCGACCGUGUCUGCCCCGGGGCCCGGCAGUGAGCGGCGCCCAGGGUCUGUUCUGCUCCUGGUUCAGGCAGGGGGCGUCUGCGGCCCUGCCCUGGCCCAGGACCCUCAGAAGCCCGGCUGUCCCCAAGGCAUCUGUGCGCACGGGCUAGGGAUAGCCUUGGGGGGCUGGCCCCUCCAGCCUUUGGGGUUCUGCCUGGCUAAAUCAGGGCUGCGGCUGGAGCUUGACUCGGCCCCCCGGGUGCCCGCACACGUCCUCUGUGACCACGGGGACACUGGGGAGGGGUGGCGGGAGGGGUCCGGCUGAGAGCUCCGCCUCAGCCCUGGCUGCCAGGACCCGGGCGUCAGGUGCCAGCCCGCUGCCGCCAAGUCUGCGGCAGCCUCUCCUCCGGUCCUCUUGCUCCUCUGUGUGGGCUCCCUGUGCCUCUGUGGGAGGGGACGGCGCCCUGUGCUGUGUCUGGGAGGGCCUGGAUCUGCCCCCUCCCUGGGUCGGGGUGGGGGGGCUCCCCAGAAGGGUCCCUUGAGUUCUGACCAGACCUGGGCCCCAGCUUGUGCCCUGUGUUAUUCUGGACGUUGGCCUUUGCUGUGAAAUGCAGUGUUUCAUACGAUCCCGUUUUUCCUAGUGCAUGAGAAAUAAAAAUUAUUUAAGUAAUAAGAAGGCUGUGUGGCCUCUGUUGGGAGGUC